AAGACUCAAUUAGCAUGUUGUACCAGCAAUCUGCAUCUACUAGAAUUUAGAACCACAAAGCGCAAGAGAAGUUGCAGGAUGUGGGUGGUAGACAUGGAGAAGAAGAUCUCGGACGCUCAGAGGUCAUCGAAGGCGUCGAAAUGGGCGAAGCACUCCAUCUUCCUGGUGCCGCCGCGCUUCAAGCCGAUGAUGGUGGACGGCCGCCGCGAUAGCACCGUGUUCAAGCCGCAGACGGUGGCUCUGGGCCCGUUCCACCAUGACGACGAAGAGCUGAAGCCCAUGGAGGAGCACAAGCUGAGGGCCGUCGGCUACCUCCUGGGACGCGCGGGCAAGACGCUGGACGCGCUCGUCGCGGCCGUGGAGGAGCUGCGCGAGGAGCUGGAGGACGCGUACAUGGACCUCGGCGGCGAGUGGCGCGGCGAGAACAACAGGGGGAAGUUCUUGGGGAUGAUGAUCGCGGACGGCUGCUUCCUGCUGGAGGUGAUGAGGGCGGCCGAUGCCAACCCGAGGCGUUCUUCCAUCCUUAACGUGAAGUACGAGCACGGCGACCCCGUCUUCAGCUGGCACAGCAUCCAGCACAUCAAGCCGUUCGUCGAACGCGACAUGCUCAUGGUCGAGAACCAGCUGCCUCUGACGUUGCUCCAGAGGAUCGUCGCCGUGGAGGGGGAGACAUCUCCGCACCCGACUUGGAUCAAUUCCAUGGUGCUCAAGUUCCUGCUGGGGAAAGAAGCCCCGCACGUCACCGGCGGCGGCCUGGGAUACCACCCGCUGGAUAUCUACAGAAAGAGCCAGCUCAAGGCUUUCCACCAAACGCCUCUUGUUGCUGCUGCUUCAGGCGUGGUGGAGUCCCCGUCGCCUGUGGCCGCGGCUCCUCGGACGCAAAGAGGCCCAAUUACGGCGGAGGCGGACAAGAACACAAUCCAUCCUCGGCGCACCCAUUUGACGGGCCUGUUCACGAAUCCUCCCAAGGAGCGGGUCACCAUGCCCCGCUCCGCGUUGAAGCUGUCGGAACGCGGCAUCCGGUUCGUGGGCGGCAAGACGGGCUUCCUCGAUGACAUCCGCUUCUUGGGUGGCAGCAAGGGCGGCACGCUGGAGAUGCCCAGGGUGGUGCUGGACGACGACACCGCCUACAGGUUCCACAACAUGAUGGGGUUGGAAGCGAUGCACGCCGGCACCACCGGCAACGACGUGACGGCGUACGCAAUGUUGGUCAAGGACCUCAUCGACUCUGCCGACGACGUGCGCCUGCUGGCGAGGAAGGGGAUCCUCGAGAACCACCUCGCUGACAACGACGACGGCGUGAUCAGGAUCUUCAACGGCCUCACCAGGGACGUGACCAAGUACGGGAACCGCGUGUGGGACGACCUGGAAACUCAUCAUGUCAGCAAUCCGGCGCGCGUAUUGUUUUACGAGUGGUUGGCCAAGUACUCAUGGGACAUCGCGGUCGCCUCCGCCCCUUUCCUCCUCAUGGCAGAAAUGGUGCAGACCGUGUGUGCAGUCCUAUCGUAUUAUCCUAACAAGGGUAAAUGAAGGAUUAAAACAAAUUAAGGAUAAAAUGAAGAUGCAUGAUCGAGCAGGAUGUUUCUUUUUGGCAAGGAAAAUCGGAUGUACUAGCUCCUUGCCGUUGUCAAACUGUAUCUUUCGACCUCGGUCAGGGUGGUGGAACGAUAUAUAUGUAUCAUUUCUUUAUUACUCCUAUGAUUCAAACCUUUAAAACCACUUCAUGCA